AGCAUCAGUUUCUAGGGGAAAAAUGGGGUCAGAGUGUGAAAGUGAAAAAACUCCUAUACUAAAGCUUUCACUAUAUUCGUUGCCGAAUAAAGCCAAAGAGCCGUCCUGGAUGACAACGCCACCGAUCCAUACAUCCGUUUCGAUACCGUUCCAGUGGGAGGAAGCACCGGGCAAGCCUAGGCCGUGUGUCACAACCAAUCAAUCAAAACCCCAUAGCACAAGAUGCCUGGAACUGCCUCCGAGGUUGUUAACUGAGUCUAAGGUUUCUAACAAUCCGUCUCCGACAAAUGUCUUGGAGGGGCCUGAUACGGCGGGUCGGUUCGUGUCUCAGACCUUGUCGUUUCGAAAUCCCGAGAGCAGGAGGGUGAAUAAGGAGAAGGUAGUGUUUGGAUCGAGUAGGUGGGGGAGUUUUAGAAAACCCGGACGAGUUGUUAAGGGAAGUUUUGACUUUUCAUCUCCUACGGUUGCUGAUGGCGGAACCGGUGGCGGUGCACAGAUGAAGAUCACUAGGGAUAGGCGGAAAGGGAGCUUGUUGAGUCUUUCUCAAGCUAGGUCACACGUUUUGGCAAGCAUUUAUGAAAGCUUUAAGCAAGUGGUGAAAUGGAGACGUGGGCAGGAGGUGAAAAUGAAGAACAAGGGUUACUGAAUUCCACCAGUUUAACUUCUGUGUAGGAAAAAAAUGAAUU